ACUACAGAAGCAGGAAAAAAUAAAGCUUAAUGGGAAAGUUCUUCAAUCCCAUGAUUCAAGGGACGCCAGCUGAUGAACAUUCCUAGAAUCCUUCUCACUAGUUGACAAACAUGUUGAAAAGGAAGAGGGAUACUGUUGGAGGAAGAGUUGGAUGGAGAAGGCAGGGGACAUGGGAAUUGGAAGAGGAGGGAGGAGGGUGGUGGUGAUAGGAGGUGGAGUAGCUGGCUCCCUCAUUGCUAAGUCUCUUCAGUUCACUGCAGAUCUCACCCUCAUUGAUCAGAAAGAGUACUUUGAGAUCCCAUGGGCAAGCUUAAGAGGAAUGGUGGAGCCUUCAUUUGCAGAGAGAUCAGUGAUCAACCAUAAAGAUUACCUGACUAAUGGCCGUCUUGUAGUAUCCAAAGCCAUCAAUAUUACCAAUUCUGAUGUCUUAACUGCAGAGGGUCGCCUUGUUGCUUACGAUUACCUGGUCAUUGCUACUGGCCAUGAUGAUCCCCUUCCCAAGAUUAGAAAUGAGAGACUUACCGAGUAUCAAGCAGAAAAUGAAAAGAUUAAAGCUGCUCGUUCCAUUUUGGUUGUCGGAGGUGGUCCUACUGGAGUUGAACUUGCUGCAGAAAUUGCUGUUGAUUUUCCAGAAAAGAAGGUUGUUUUGGUGCAUGAUGGACCUAGGUUGCUAGAGUUUAUUGGACCCAAAGCUUCUGACAAGACUUUAGGCUGGUUGAAAAACAAAAACGUAGAAGUGAAAUUGCAGCAAUUUGUUGAGUUGGUUAGAAGUUCAGAUGGAAGCAACGCUUACAUAACUUCAUCUCGUGAAACAAUUAAAGCAGAUUGCCAUUUUCUGUGCACUGGAAAACCAGUGGGUUCAGCGUGGCUAAAAGAAACCAUCUUGAAGGAUGGCAUGGAUAGUUUUGGGAGAUUGAAAGUUGAUGAGAACUUGAGAAUCAAGGGUCACAAGAAUAUCUUUGCAAUUGGAGAUAUCACAGAUAUUAAGGAAAUUAAACAAGGGUAUUUAGCUCAAAAGCAUGCUUUGAUUGCUGCAAAAAACAUAAAGAUAUUGAUGGAUGGACAAAAGGAAAGCAAGAUGGCCGUUUACAAGCCUCGUUCAAUCAAGGUUAUUGUUUCACUUGGAAGGCAUGAUGCAGUGGCUCAAUUUCCUUUCACAACACUGAUUGGUCUUGUUCCUGGUUUGAUCAAAUCCAAGGAUCUAUUUGUUGGGAAAACAAGGAAGGCGAUGGACCUUAACCCUCAUAUUGUUCACUACUAGUUUUGGGGUUGAUUGCCUUGUUUAUACAUAUUCUUUCCACAAAUCAUCUGAUUUGCAAGUUGUUCUUGCCCUGUAUGAUCUGCACCAAAAUUCAUUUGUUCAUCCAAACGUGCAUAACUCCAACUCCUGAGUUAUGAUCAUUGAUUCAUUUCUUUAGAGAUAUCAGUUUUCACA